AUGGCAUCGGUUACUUCCAAGAUUUUCGCCAUCACGGGCGGUGCAUCCGGAAUCGGCGCUGCGACGUGCCGUCUGCUUGCUCAGCGAGGAGCGGAAGCAAUCUGCGUUGGAGACCUUUCGUCUGAAAUGAUGGCAGAGCUGAAGACAUCCAUACAAGCCACGUACCCUCUUACAGAUAUUCAUUGUACUGUUCUUGACGUUUCAUCCUACUCUGCGGUGAAUGAGUGGAUUGACAGCAUAAUGACCCAGUUUGGGCGACUGGAUGGGGCCGCCAACAUCGCCGGAAUGGCUCAAGGGGCCGGAACCCGCGGCUGCCCGACCAUCCUGGAAGAAGACGAGACACAAUGGAAGCAAAUUUUCCAGGUGAACCUGGAUGGAGUUUUCUACGCAACUAAAGCCGAGGUGAGGGCUAUGAAGUCGAUAUCGCGGGAUCGCAGCAUCGUCAAUGUUGCCAGUAUCGCGUCGAUGGCACACAUGCCAGAUGUCUUUGCCUAUGGGACAUCCAAAGGGGCUUGUGCUUAUUUCACGACCUGUGUAGCACAGGACGUGAUUCCCUUUGGAAUCCGGGUGAACACUGUCUCUCCUGGAAUUACAAGGACACCAAUGCUACCCAAAUUUGCGCCCACAAAAACUUCGGAUGAGGUGGAAGAGGCCUACAUAAAAGAAGGGUUCUCGAUAAUUGAACCGGAUGAUGUUGCCCGAACUAUCAUCUGGCUAUUGAGCGAAGACUCCCGUCCGGUGUUUGGAGCUAACAUUAAUAUUGGAGCUAAUGCAAUGCAAAUCUAUGCAUUGAAGAAGGGAACGCUCAAGGGAGUAUGCUCUCUGGGAUACGGGUCGAUUCAGCAGUCGUAA